CAAUGCCGUCCAUCCAGCUGCCACGGCUACUCCUCUGCUUGACUUUGUGUGGUGUUUGCUUCAAUGGGGGACAUCUCCUUCCAGAGGAGACUGAGAACAUGGGAAAAAGUCCCCUGGAUGAUAUCCUUCAGAGACCUGAAAGCCUCAUUCUUCAGUCUGUCCUCAAGAAAGCUGAAAAGGAAGAGAUUAAUAAAGAAUCAAAUGCCCCUCUUCUACAAUGGCUUUCCAAAAUACAACACCCUGGGAAAAAGUACCUAAGUAAUCUGGAGAAGAGACAGCAUCCUGGAAAAAGAGAUGUUGAGGAAGAGACAUCUUAUGGAGACAUUCAGAAGAGGCAGCAUCCAGGAAAAAGGGAGAUGGAAGAUGACUUUGAUGUCUAUCUGGAGCUGAAAAGGCGACAGCCUCCUGGCAGAAAGUCACUGUUGGAUCAGUUUGCUAACAGCCCUAGGGCAAAGCUAACCUACAUGAAUGAGUUAUCCAAAAGAGAACAUCCAGGCAGAAGAUAUCCGAUGUACAAGCACCAGCGUCCUAGCAAAAGAGGCUGGAAUGAUGUGGUAGAUGUAUACAGUGAGAAACGCCAGCAUCCUGGAAAAAGGUUCUGGAAUUCUGAUAGCUCAGAUGACACAGGUCCCUGCAAAUUUCAGGAGUCAUUCACUUGUCACAAAGGCAGCUUGUUGCUUGAUUUAGUUGAAGAUGUUAGCAGAGACAGGGUAGAAGAAAAGCGUCAGCACCCAGGAAAGAGAUCAGCAUGGGAAAGUGAAACAGAGGAAUGACGAAAUAAUUGUGUAGCACUUGCAUUUGGUGAAGUAAACUGCCAGAUCACCAAAACAUCCCAUUCACUCCUUUCUGGCUUCCUGCUGCUGACCUCUGCACCCACCUUUCAGUGUGUUAAUGCUCCCAUCCCAGUUAAUGGCUCUGUCACACACUUAAAGCAAAGGAACUAAAGGACCCAUCUGAAUGGAAGAGGCAAGUACUGGGAAUCUUCAAUUUCCCCACUUUAGGAAGAGUGCUUAUUUCCUUAGGAGCCCAGUCCCCAAAAUAAUCCAACUGUGUGUUCCUAGGUGAAUAAAACAGGCUCUUAAAUUUCUG